CCAGACACCGAUAAAUUUAAUGUAACUUAACAUUAUAUACACAAAAGCCUAAAAACCGAUUAAAAUACGGAUAUUUCAGAGCCGUGUGGCGCAUAUAAAUUACAUUCGCCUAAUAAACAAAUAACGUUUUCGAAUAUUAUUCUGUGACGCCCGCGUGUUUAUAAUAAUAUGUGCGGUUUCUCAUCUGCAGUCUGUGUUUUAAGGCGUAUUUGAAUCUUUUUGUGGUGUUUUAAAUAAUGUGAGAACCAUGAAUUUGGUGGUACUGGUAUGCGUAACUGUACUGGUUUUAAGCAGUACAGUUGCGACUAACAAAACAUGUUGCCCCGGGGAAAACGUGUACGACGUGCAAGCGAAACGAUGUACGGAAAAGUGGGCGGAAAAUCGCGUUUCCAUGAACAUUAUCGGGUGCAAAACGCGGUUUAAGACCGAAACGGAACUGAUCGGGGAGGAAAUUUCUGACUCGUGUUACGUCAAAUUCCUGAACGGUGCGGAAAACGAUUCCACGGUCACUUUUUACAUUUCCUGCCUAAACGAGCAAUAUAUGGCGAGUCAGGACCGCAUACAAAUCGCAGGAUUGGCCUUUAUGGCUAUAUCGGUGGUUUUUCUCAUUCUUACUGCGGCAGUUUACGUCAUUCUGCCCGAACUGAGAGACCUGCAAGGAAAAUGCAUAAUGCACAUCUUAUGCAGCCUAAUAUGCGCCUACGUUUCCUUACUAAUAGUGAACUUCCCAAGCAGUUUGGCCCAUGUCGAGUGCCAACUGUUCGCCACCACCACUUACAUCAGUUUCACCUACACGUUUUGGUGGUUACUAAUUUUGUCGUUCCACAUUUGGAGGACCACUGUGAAGCCUAAUAGCUAUAAAAAUUCUAACUGGUCCCUAAUAUACCAUCUGACGGGCGCUUUAGGCCCACUAUGCUGCCUAAUUAUCUUACUGAUAGUGGAACACCAUCCGUCGGGAAUUUUCGACAACUUCCGACCCAAUUUUGGCCUGCGAAAGUGCUGGUUUGACGCUGACAAACAGAUUUGGAUGUACUUUUAUGGCCCUCUGGUGGUGGUUUUGACCAUAAAUUCGAUGUUUUACAUCUGGACUGUUGGGCACCUCUGGAAACAAAUGAAUAAUACUCAAAACCGAGCGUUGACUUACAGGGUGCGCAUGUGCAUCAAACUCUGCGUAAUUAUGGGUCUCACGUGGACCAUUGAGCUGAUAACUUUCUCGUAUAAAAACGCCCUGGACACCAUUAUCGAGAGGAUUUUAUUCAUCUUUAUCCCCGAUAUAAUGAAUGCCCUGCAAGGUGUCCUGGUGUUCAUGGUCCUGGUGGUGUUCAGGAAACGAGUGCGAAGACUUUUGGCCAAAAAGACGUUUUGCAAUCACCGAUUGUUCCCGAUCGCGUGGACGAACUUGCACGACGAGGAAAUGGACAGCGAACAAAUUAAAGAGAGACAAACCGAGUAUGAAGAAACCGAGACUGUUCCCAUGCAGCCUACUUAAUCGGUUUUUAUGUUAUUUUAAUAAAAUUGUUACUUUAAUGAU